GGACAACUAAUGCGCACUCCGACGGAGACUGCUUCUGUUUUUCUUUUUUCCAUUUUCAAGGCCAUUUUUCUUUGCAUUGGAGAAGCUCACUGGGACACUGUUGCAAAGUUGCAGUAAUUAACUAACAAGUUUGACUGGGCAUAAGAGAUGGGCCUGCCGCGCCUGGUGUGGAUCCGCGUGAAGGCGGCGCUGGCCUGCCUGUGGGCGCUGGUCGGCCGCGCCUUCUGCUGCUUCAAGCGGCGCAGGAAGCUCUCCAACGUGGGUCUGCCCAUCUCCGUGGACGUCCAGUCGGUGCCCGUGGCUCAACAGGAGGAGGACACGGCUGUCACCUGGAGCUGGGAGGAUCAGCCCACAUCCGUAGUCACUGUUCAGGACAAGAUCCGCGCCUACCGCGACUCGAGGGCGCGCGUCUCCGAGUCGGAGCCGGCACCGGAGCCGGACUUCUUCUCGGACAUGGCCCCGACGAUCCGCCGCUCUCAGAAGGUGCUGGUGGCGCCCCAGGAUGAGCCUCAGACGGCUCCCGGUGGCUUCUCCUCGCGUCUGGCCUACACGGACACCGCACUGGAGCCGCAGGGGGCGGAGCUGACUGACCUGGAGGAGCCCAGCGCCUGGGAGGCGGACGACAUCAACCCUGACGCCCUGGAGAACCACCAGAGGGCACUGCGCCACCAGCAGCUGCAGCAGAAGCGGGAGCGGCGGGGCGCGCCGCCGGUCCGGUGACCGGAGACCGGGUCACGGCCACAGGUCACCGCGCCGGGUCAUCGGACGGGACCGAGCCGUCGGCAGGUGACCUGACGGAGGGUCACGACCGAGGGUCACCCGACCCGGGAGGGUCCAUCGAGGCCACUCGUAGAUAGCUGACACAGUCCAUCGAAAGCGGACCACACAGACGCUCCUCGCGCGGCCUGCAUUCCUCUGUAGCGCGUGAACUGAGCUUUGGACGACUGCGAGGCGCCGGCGGAUAGUGGACCACCGAUGGCUCGUCGGGACGGCGUUUGGCGCCCGGGUGUGAAGUAGUCGGCUGAUCGGGCGCAGGGUGUGGACAGAGUGAAAUGUGCGACGUUUGGUGCGCGGAAUUGGCUUGGAAUGUAGCGAGAAUGGAGGCGCCGGCGGCGCUCAGAAUAUGUGACGCUUGUUCGUGGUUCUCGUGGUGUUAGUGUCGCCACCGAUAAUGUUUAAUGUUUUUGCACCGUUGCUUUGUCGUGUUGCAGGUGGUGUGUUGUUUUAGUCAUCUGCCGACGAUUUGGUGAUCAAAUGAGGGAUUUCAGUGAUUUCCGAGACGUGAGAUGGUUGUGCCGACUGCCGCCCCGCGGUGGUGUUCUCUAAUUCAGCCGCUGUGGGGAUAAACAGCUACUGUGUAGUCAGAUGUGAAUGUGAUCGUAACAAUGGGGCUCAUAUAUUACAAUACAGACGAUUGGUAUCAGAAA